AUGUCGGAUGGCUCAGACGCACGCGGUCUGAGAAGCGCGCCACCACCGGCCCCCGACGGAGAAGGACUUAGCGUUUCUCGCGAGCCGCAGACCCGAGUCAGUUUCGGUUCCUCCUCCGUCAAGGACUCGAACGCGGAAGAGGAGAGAGCUUUUUCCCCCGUCGUACGUCAUCGUCGUAGUCAUCGUCGUCUUCGUUGUCGUUACCGUCGUCGUCCUCCGAAGAGGAAGAACAGUGUCUUGGCCGAUACCGUGCACGAAGGUCGCGAGCUGCAACCGGACCGAGCUUCGAGCGGGAGACGCGUUGCAGCGAGAGAUUCCCGCGCAGGAGAGGAAGACUGGACAAAGCGGAAGAAGCAGAAUAAGACGAGCAAAGCAGAAGCGGAGAAGCAGAAGAGCGCAAGAAGAUCGAGAGCCGAACGAGUAGAAGCGGGGUUGCGAAGAAGAAAGUGAUUAGCGAAUUGAUUGCGCGCAUCCGAAGACAGCGAUAAAGGAAAGAUCGGGAGAAGUUACGGAAGCGCAGAGAGACAAAGAUCGAAAAAGAGACGAAAAAAAA